AUGGCUACAGCAUCUCAAUCAGCCUCUUUGGCUAGUACCAUAGUCGCCCGCUUCCUGCGGUCGAACAACUACGCAGACACCCUCAACACCUUCAUCCGCGAGGCGGGAUUAUCAACAGACGUGGGGCAGCCCGACAGCGCAAACGACUGGACCAUCGAGAGCGUACUCGAAGAGAAGAAAACAUUUGAAAAAAGCGUCAAUUUCGAACGAUAUAACGAGGAUGAGAAGAAGGACGUAUGGACACCAUCGAAACCAACAAUUAUCCAAACACCAACAUUGUCAAACCUCCUAGCUACAUCCGUUGAGCCAUGGCAGUCACAAAACGACAAGCCAUCAUCCUGUCUAGUGGCAACAGGCGCAGACAAACAGCUCCAUCUCUUCAAAACAGCAGAGGACAAUGAACCUGUCAAGUCCUUCGCUGGCCACUCCGACUCCCCGAUUCUGUCUUAUGUAUCUGUCCGCAAUGGCAGAUAUGUUUUCAUGACCAAUAUGUCCGGCCAGCUUAUCUUGCAGCGCGGGGAAGAGGUUCUGGGGACGAGGAAGGAUCAUGGAAAAUAUGGUGUUAAGGUUGUUGCGCAUGAGGAUCCUUCGGGGAGGGUGUUGGUUGCUACUGCGGGUUGGGACUCGAAGAUUUGCGUUUAUGAGUUUGAUCUCCAAGUCGAGAACGAAGGGGCAGACGUGAUGCUGCGCGGGCCAGUUGCGUACAUCAACCUGGAUACUAACCCCGAGACUAUGCUGUUCGUUAAGCAUGUUGAUUUGGGGCAUACGAUGCUACUCGUUUCGAGACGAGAUUCGACGCAUCUUUAUUACUACCAGGUUGAUUCCACGGGGCAGAAUACACCAUACGAAUGCAGAUUACUCGGAAAACAGAACCUGGCUCCUCAAUCCAACGCCUGGAUCACUUUCUCCCCAUCCAGUCUAGCCCUGCAUCCACACGACCCCGGCCUUCUCGCAGUCGCAACAUCAUCUCUCCCACACAUGAAAGUGAUCAUCGUGCGCCUCCUCUUUCCAUCAGCAGAAACCUUCAACCCGGAAAGCGAACCCCAACCACCCACAGAACCUAUAACCCAAGCCACGCAAGCGUUCGAGGCCCUGGCACUCCAGAACCGCGAAGACGCGGCUAUCCUGAUCCAGGCGAAUACCUUCGCGCCGCAGACGGCCUAUUCGACGCCGCAGGUUGCGUGGAGGCCGGAUGGGUCUGGGGUUUGGGUUAAUGGGGAUGAUGGGGUGGUGAGGGGGGUUGAGGCGCGGACGGGGAAGGUUGUGGGUAUGUUGAAGAUGGGGCAUGAUGUUGGGUGUAAGGUGAGGACUAUUUGGGCGGGAUGGGUUGAGGUUGAGGGUAUUAAAGAGGAGUGGGUUGUUAGUGGUGGAUUUGAUAAGAAGCUUAUUGUUUGGAAGGGGUGA